AGCAAGAACGUUGACCACAUGUCGAUUGUUGUUUCGGAAAGAUGGCUAACAACCAAAAACGUUCCAAUCGCUUCGCCUACCAGAAGGAAAAGACAGCAUACUUACGGACAUGCAGAAGAAAAUCAAUCCAGUUUCAGAAAUGGGUCGACGAUGGAAAAAAAUUUGUUCCGCCAGUACUGUUUAUGUACUUACAAGGAAACAAGUUAACAUUUUCAGGACAUCCGAUGCUAGUUGGUGCUUUCAGAGAGUCAAUCACUCUGAUCAAAAAAAUUGUUUGUGAGGCGCUGGCCUCCAAAACAAUAUCGGAGGUGCUGCCAUCCAUUCGACGCAAGAAACAUCGCAAGAAAUCAAAAUUUGAAGAGCAGGAGAUAAUCUCACACCGAACGAAAGGCACUUCAUCUAUACCUUCUGAAAAAGGACGCGUUGCUUAGAGAUCGCAACGAUCAAGAACCGUUACUUACGAUAGGCAGCUGGAAGCAAGAGCAUACGCCUUGCAAGGCAAGCAAAAGGAAAAUUCAAAAUCGAAGACCUUCCGCAAAUAAUGAGAAGAAUUGACAACAAGUCUGAAUUUUUUCAUGCUGAUUCCAAAAUAUCUGGCUGGUAUUCCAAAUUAAGAGCCUUGCCUCGUGGGAAAUUCCCCAUAGUGACAACCGGCAAUGGAGACUGUCUCUUUAAUGCUGUGGGGAUUUCCCUCUAAGAAAGGGAAGACAUUGCUCCGGUCCUACGCUUGGGAAGCAUUCAAGAAGCUGUUCAACAUGUCGCACACUUUGUUGAAGAUGUACUUGCAACAUGUUGUCGAACCGGAAAUGAAUACAAAAAUUUUCAUUGCUGACAGCAUGGUUUCGGACGCUAUAUGAAAAACUCCACAAAAAGAAAUGCACCUUAAGGCGAGGAGAAUCGUUCCCUACGAUUCCCUUCUUGACAAAGAAAUGUUGGUUUUUGCAUGCAAUUUGACGAUAACCACCCUCGACUCUCUCGGAAGACUUUUCAAUGAAAGGAUUGCUGAAAAGUUCGUCGAGUUUUUAAACGGCUCGUGUAGCAAAGGAAAAUGGUAAUGUCCUUCCCAGUCUCAAGAAGCUCGAGUCAAUGGUUCCACGACAGAAAAGCUCCUUUGACUGCGGUUUUAUGAUGCUACAUAACAUCCAAUUUGUCACAAAAAAGGAUUACAAGAUGCAGGGAAACAGACUGUCCAUUGAGGAUGACGAGACUAUAGGAGCUAUAAAACGGCUUGAUUUUUUAUCUGCAACGAGUAGCAGGUACGUAAUACCGAUUUAUCACCUAACGCGUUUAUCGCAAGGUUUUUGUAAGACAUAUUUCGACCAGAGAUAUUUUGCAGCAGGAAUACAGCGCGUUUAAAAAAUUAAACCAGUCAAAUAGAUAUUUUCUAAAAAUUGAGGAAAAAAUCAGCUUUCGACUUUUGAAAUUAUUGACUAGCUUUUUCUUUACUGGCCCAGGUUUUCCUGUUUUUGAACCAUAAGUAGAGAGCGCAGUGAUCCAUAUGAUUUUAUGCGCUUCAGACAAGAAUUUUCUU